AUGGGCCGGACCCACACCUCACGCCCCGGUAACUUCUCGUCUGAAGCUCCCGGUUCCAGCGACGAUCUCACUAUGCUUGAGGCCGAGGUCGGCCCCGAGUUCCUGGAUAAGCUCGUUCCCCAGGGCAAGAAGAACAAGGCCCCGGCACCUGAUGCCGGCUCAAGUCAAGCUCCUCCCGCCAAACGCUUCCGGACGGAAGUCUUUGCGGGGAAAGAAGCAGGCCGAAGGCGCUACAAGGGGAAAACGAUGCCGGUCUCUUCUAGCCCUGCGCUUACGCUCUCCAAGAGCGCCAGCGGCACGAAGCCGGAAGGCUCUGAGGGAACCGCAAGGGCCUCAACUCCUCCUCCUCAAUCAAGCCCGGGCGCACCCUCGCCUCCCAAGACCUCGUCCGUGCCUCCGCCAGAAGCCCCGAACGUCGAGCUAAGCGGGGCCACUCCAACGCCGCCGCCAGAAGUCCUCAAGAUCACCAAGUUCCUCAAGCCGGAGGCUUCCAAGGGGAAGGCCACGGCUUCCGGCACUUCACCUGCCGGCCCGCAGUCCUUGGUGCUGCACGCCGGCCCCGCCGCCGUCGCGGCUGGAGAAAAGCCUUCCGGCAUCCUGGGCCGGAUCACCGAGCUGAAGCGCGAAGGCCGCGAGCUUGGGCAUCUGCUUCCCUAUGCUGAGAAGUGGAAUGCUGCGGAUGUAUCCGCAGCUACACGCGGCCUGGGGAAGGAACGGCUUCCGGCGCCCGACCCCGCUGGCCCCCGGUGUACGGAGGAGCACUUCAUCCGGCUGCGCCGGGCGGUGAAGGAGGUAGACAGCGCAUGCAAGUGCCAAGCUACCCCGGAAGCUUCCAUCGAAGCCCUCAAGACUCAGCUCGCCGCACUCCAAGGUGAAAAAGAGCAGCUCAUCCGGGAGCACCGCGAGGCUCUGGACGCCCAGGAGACUUACUCCAAGGGGCUGAAGGACCAGCUAAUCCAGCUCGGGCUCGAGCACAAUAAGGCGAUGAAGGCCGCCCAAGCCGCCACUGAGGCUAAGCUGAACGAAGCUCUAGAGGAUACCAACAACUCCAUCGUGGUGCUACAGGCAGAGCUAGAGGAGGGAGCCAAGGCGCGGAAAGCAGCCGAGGAUCAUGCCGCGCGCUUGGAGGGAGAACAGAAGGAGUAUGACCAACUGUUCAUGCAGACUGACGCGCUUGCCCUCAGGCUCUUCCCGGUCUCGCAGCUCUACGCGUAG